ACUACGACCUUCCUUUUGGUGGUGUGGCCGGCCAUGGCGGCGGCGAGGGAGCUGGAGUGGACGGGGAGGGUCACGGCGGCGGCGCCGGCGGCGACGGCAGACGAGGCGUGGGCGCUGCUGUCGGACUUCUCCGCGUUCCACCGGUGGCACCCGCGGGUGGCCAAGUGCCGCCGCGUGUCGGGGGGCUCGCCGCGCUCCCCCGGGUGCGUGCGCUACUGCGAGGGCGUGCCCGGCCGCGUCGGCGGCGGCGGCGGAGGCGCCGACUGGGCGCACGAGACGCUGCUCGAGCACGACGCCGCCGGGCGGAUGCUGCGGUACGAGAUGAACGACAACAACAUGGGCUUCGGCACGUUCUUCGCCACGCUCAGCGUCGUCGACGCCGCCGGCGCCGGCGCCGGCGGGUGCGAGCUGCGGUGGGAGUUCGAGUGCGAGCCCGUCGCCGGCACGGCCAAGGAGGCCCUCGUCGCGCGCCUUCAGGACGGGAUCGACGGCAUGGCGCGGAGGGUGCAGGAGGCGCUCUCCGGCCGCCGCGCCGGCGACGUGAAGCUGGGAACGUCGAUUGCUGUUGGAGGAGCAACUAAUCCAUGCAAACUCGCUCUGUAAUUUCGCUGCACUGUUUUAUCGUAUUGUUGUGUGUGUUUUGUGGUUGCGAUGCGUCUGGUUGUUUGAUCGGGCGAGUCCAACCCUCUAUUUAUACACCAUGCCAUUGUAUUCAUACGACUUAUGUUGCUAUAUAUCAACAUUAUGAAAAUUAGCACCA